AUGGCUACCCCCAGUGUUCUUACCUUUCACACUGAGGGUCGUGCUGUUGACUUUGAGGUCUGGGUCGAUGACCUCCAGCUGAUCCUCCAGUGCGAUAGGGUAGACGGCCUCUCUCUGUUCGACCUCACCUCUGGUGCCUCCCCUGCCCUGCCUACUACUGCUGACAGCACUGUUCGCUCACAGUGGGCAACACGCGAUGCUGCUGCCCGUCUUGCUGUGCGUCGCCACUUACCGACCCAUGAGCGUGCACACUUUAGCCAGUACAAGAGUGCUCACACAUUGUACGACGCUGUAGUUGCACGCUACUCUUCCCCUGCCAGUGCUGCACUGAGCCGCCUCAUGCUACCGUACCUCGUCCGUGACCUUGCUGCCUUUCCCACAGUCGCUGACAUCACGCACCUCCGCACUAGUGACACUCGCUACCGCGCUGCGCUUCCUGCUGAGGACCACUUCCUCUCAGUUUGCCCCACCACUCUCACCGUUGACCUCCUCGAGGAGCGCCUCCUAGCAGCAGAGAAGAGCAUAGUAGAUAAAGGAGCCUCUCGUGGUGACCCUCGCACCCCCGUCUUUGAGGGGUGUUCCCCCUCCCCCCUCUUGCCCUCUGUUGCUUCUGCUGCUGCUGCCGACCUCGUUGGUUUCUACGGGGUCGGCGCUGCGUCUGCCCCUAGCGGGAGGCACCGCACCGGCAAAGGCAAGGGGGGCAAGGGAGCUGGAGGGGCUAGCGGGGGCGGUGGAGGUGGUGGUGGAGGCAGUGGAGGGGGUGGGGGUGGUGGUGGGAGUGGUGGCGGGGGUGGCGGCGGCGUUGGCAGCAGUGGAGACGGAGGAGGCGGCGGUGGUGGCGGAGGGAGCGGAGGUGGCGGAGGUGGCGGAGGCGGCGGAGGCGCCGGCGGCGCCGGCGGUGGUGGAGCUGCUCGCGACUCUACGCAGAGGAGUGGGUCCGGUGGUGGUCCGCGCCAGUAG